CCCGUUGGGAGGCUCCACUUUGGCACGCCGGAUUCAAACAAAUAAUCACAGUGCCAUCAUCUCGUCAGCACGCUGCGAUAAAGGGACACAUUCGUGUUUUUUUCAAUUCGCUUUGCCUUUGAGGACGAACAAACCGUGUCUUGUGAUGUUGUUUUCAAAGUGAACGUUUUAACUUGUCACUUGCACUUGCUCUCCGACAUUGUUCCUGUGGUAGCCACCUCAAUUCGACACCUGAUAGGCAUCUCACACAGCCCUGAAUCUUGCCACUUCCCGGGGAAUCCCCAACAACUAGAGUGAAGCGUGUCAUGAGGAGGAAAUCUCGUCUCUCGAGAAGUUCACCGACGCCGAUCAUCUCCACAGAGACCGAGAGUUUGGAUAUUGGCUCCGUGCCAACCUCGACUACAUUGUCUUGCCUGCAUGUGGUGAACACCAUGGCCGAGGUCGACAGAAUGCUGAAGGAUCAGAGCCACCACGAUGCAUCUCUAUCUACUCAUGGGAGAGUUGCUAGUGCUAGCAUGAUGCGCUCAGGUACUACAAGCCUGUCUUUUCCAACGGCGAAAACUAAUCUUACUUCAGUCAUGUCCUCAACCGAAUCCUCUUCAACCACUCCCGAAACAACACCUUGGUCGUCUGCCAUCGGGCAUGCGGCCACUGGAAAGUCAGGCAGAGUGAUUGAACGAUUGCAAGUCGACAUUGACCGGCUGCGGCGGGAAAAGCAGGCUCUGAAGAUGCAUUCUGAAGAGACAGAAAAGGCGAAUGAGAAUUUGGUGGCACGAAAUCAGUCCUUACAAGACCGAAACAGCAACUAUGAACAGUCUCAUGAGGCCAAUCUCCGACAGCUGGCAAGAAGGGAGAGGCAAGUCGAGGAGCUUCGCGAAGAACUCCGGAAAGAGAAGUUGAGAACGGCAAAGGCAGAGGAGCAUUCAGCAGCUGCAGCUUCGAGUGAGGAGACAUGGCGGAAGCAAGCCAGCCAGGCCAAAGCCCUCGCCGCGCAGAAAGAAACGGAAUACGACACUAUAGUCACCUGCCGCAAGGUAGACUACGACCGACACCAGAGUGGCUUGGAUAAGAUUCGUGCCCGUUUUGACACUCUUCUGAUGCGACAAGAUGAAGACCUGGUGAAGCAGAAGAAGCUGGAGAUCAUCGCGGAGCAACAACGACAGACAAUCUCCCAAUUGGAAGACCUUACUAGGAAGCUGAAGCAAAAUUUCAAAGCUUACAGGCAUGAGAUUGACGCAGCGGUGAGUGACCUUCAGGACAUGGCCAGCAAGAACGACGAGGAUCUCACCAGCAAGUUGAAAGAAAUGACUGAAGUCACGGCACGAAUGCGAUGGGUGAUGAACGUUGACGAUGUUAUCAACCCCGGCAAUCAUGCACCCGAAGCCCAGAAGUACCAAGUCACGACAAAUGGGCACAGUUCAGCACCAGACCAGCAUAGCGCAAAUUCUGGAAGACGAAGUCCUGCCAAAACCGUGUUGAAAAAGCACAGGCGAAAGGACUCGAGCAAAGUUCCCAACUAAAGCUGAUCAUUGACGCCUGACACGAAGCAAGCACCAGCGCU